AUGCUCGGACCCGAGGCUUCAUCUGCAUCUGAGCGGCGUGAUAAGACAUCGAAUGAUGCGUCUCGCUCAGAUGGCCAAGAGAAGCUGGCUCGGGAGGGAUUAGCGAGGUUCUUUAAGCAUGGUAUCGGUGCUGCGGCUUGGGCUGUUUUUGCAUCGACAAAGAGCUUUCGCAUCGCAUACGUCGGCACGGCUGUGUCGAACCUGGUUCAUCUCGUUGACUUACAUCGUUCUUUCAGACAGCCUUAUUCUUCAAUUCUUGGCGACCAACGACCUUUGUCUGCGCCUACUGGGCCGGAUACUCAUGGCUCGUUCCAGGAAUCUGCAGAUGGAAGCACCAGCAGCGAUAGGAUAGGCGGAAAGCCAUUGCAUUACCCAUACCCUCCUAUCAGACAAGUCAAGUCAUGGAAACCCACACCAAACUCAUGGGUGACUCAAGACUUGGUUACGGAGGUAUCGUCCUUUCCAGCGCAAGAGGUCCGUGAUGCGUUGGUGCAAGCGUAUUUCGAUCACAUCCACCCAUUUCUGCCCAUCGUGUCAAAGCCCGAAUUCCUCGCUCGAUAUCGCACGCCUGAUAAUCCUCCACCACUCCUACUCUUCCAGUCAGUUCUCAUGGCAGGUGCUCACGCAUGCGCUCAUCCCCUCGUCGCCACUGAUCGCCAUGCCGUCCAAAACAGACUGUUCAGAAGAGCUAGUAUGUUAUACCAUAUGCGACACGAAUCAGAUAGAAUGCAUCUUCUCCAAGCAGCAGCCUUGUUCACAUGGCACAUAGGCGAUGGUGAUACAGUUGCCGGUGGACCGUGGUACUGGGCUGGAAUCGCUGUACGAAUAGGUACUGGUCUUGGCGCCCACCGGAGAAGCUCUCAACUACCAUCCACAGAGAUGGCGCAGUAUCGUCGGUGUUGGUGGUCCGCCUUCUUUUGCGAAGUGUUUUCUUCAUUGGAGACUGGAAGACCUUGUGCAGUGAGAGCGGAGGAUAUAGAUCAGCUGCCGCUUCAGCAGGAGGACAUCACUGAUACACCGAGCAAUGACCCGACAAUCGCCGAACCGGGAGUCAGUCCAGACUUUUUGAACCAUCUAGUUGAUCUGGCUUACAUCGGCCUCGACGUCAUUGCACUCAACGCACCCACGCGAGAUCGUCUCAUAGACGUAGCAUCAAUCGACGCGCGUCUCGGUCUAUGGUCCCUCCGCUCAGGUAUAUCCACCGUCGCAGAAGACGAUGACUCAUGGACGUGCCAUCUUCGAAUGCACUACAAUCUCCUCCUUCUCCACCUCCACCGCAAUCUCCUUGAACAAAGCAGCCAGUCAAUCUGCUCAGCAGCCGCUCAAGCAAUUGUUACAUCGCUCGAAAAGCUUACAGCACGCGAUGAACUUCGGCAGUGUCACUUUACGUCCGUCAGCGCGGUGACAGCAGCUGGUAUACAGUUUGCUGGUGAGAUUCGGGCGGCUGUGGCCUCACAGACAUUUUUAGUCGCAAUUAAUGCACUUGAAAGGUUAUCGAGACUCUUGAGGUCAACGAUAUUACUGGCGAGACACUGGCCUAAUGCGGAGGCUGUACAUAGCGUCUUUGAGGAACUGCAUCGUGAGUAUGAGACGCUUGUUACGCAAAGAUUGCAGGGUGAACAAGUUAUGGUGCCGGAGAGUCCGCCUGAUUGGAAUAGAUUGCUUGGAGGGGAGGGAUUGCAUCAGUUUAGCAACUUCACAUCUGAUCAGGAUUGGAUGAACAUUAAUAGCUGGACAGAUUUGUUAUAG